CGCUGACAUGGCGGCCGGGCCGGACUGAGCCGCUGCCGUCGGGGCCUGCAGCAGCCGCAGCCGGGCAUGGCGGGGGCGCCGCGCCGGCUCCGCUAGCGCCGCACACAGUAGACAAUCAGCUACGAUCCUUGCCUGCACAGAGGAUUUAAAAUCAACUGCAAAUUGCUGAAGAAUUGCACUUCAAGUGGUCUCAAGAGACAGGAGAAGCAGGUCUUCACUAUAAUGGAAGAGGCCAAGAGCUCAAAGAAUGGAAAUCAUGACCCAAGGAAGUCUGUCCGUCUUGUCUGUGAGGAAGGCAAAACAGUCAAAGUUCCAAUUAAUCAAAAUUAUAAACAUAAUAGAAAUGACAAAUCUGUGAAGGAUGUUGGGAGAAGUUCUCCAAGUGGGAACAGCAGCAAAAAAAGUAAACAACAUGAUGUUUGUUCCGAAAAACAAGGAGAAAAUAAAUCAUGCAAAGUAAAUAGUUGUAUUCCUGGAACUAAAGAUACGGGAUCAAAUGUUCAGGAUCGAAGUCAUGGAAAAGCAAAAAAAUUUUCUAAUGUAUCAUCAGCAGUGGAAAACCUGAAACAGACAAAAGCCCAAGCAGUGGGAGAAAACUCUGCAGGCUCCCAUGUUUCUGGGAAUGGGGUUAGUAUGGAAAGCUUAACAGCUACACAGAAAGGGAAACUGGUGCUGGAAAAUCCAGUGGGAGUUCAUACUUUGAAGACUAGUGUUGAUCAGGCUGGUGAUCCUGGUAAGACUGCUGCAGAUCAAAGGAAAAUGGAACAUAAGCCUGAUGACUUCAGUAAAAUAAAGAAUUCUGAAUCAACAAAAGAACAUACAUUGGAAGCGGAUUAUUUAGAAAACACUGGUGUUCUUGAUGAAUCUAAUCUGACAGUUGAACAGCAACUAGGAUUGAAACAAGCUGAAGAACGUCUGGAAAGAGAUUAUAUCUCCCGACUUGAAAAACGCUCCCCAGAAUACACCAACUGUCAGUAUCUAUGCAAGCUCUGCUUAGUCCACAUUGAAAAUAUCCAGGGAGCUCACAAACAUAUUAAAGAAAAACGUCAUAAGAAAAAUAUAAUGGAAAAGCAAGAAGAAAAUGAGCUGCGGGCCCUACCACCCCCCUCAACUGCACAGUUGGCYGCUCUGAGUUUCACACUCAUCGAGGCAGCAAAUGAACAAGGCAUCUCAGAUGAGGACUUCAGAAUUCGUCAAGAAAUUGUAAAUGAGAUGGAGAAAAUUAUUCAACAGCCCUUACCAGACUGUUCCCUGAGGAUGUAUGGCUCCUGUUUAACUAGAUUUGCUUUUAAGACCAGCGAUGUUAACAUUGAUAUCAAAUUCCCCCCUAAGAUGAGUCAACCAGAUGUUCUGAUCCAGGUGCUUGAAAUCUUGAAGAACAGUGCUGUCUACUCAGAUGUGGAGUCGGAUUUCCAUGCCAAAGUUCCUGUUGUCUUUUGCAAAGAUGUUAAAAGUGGUUUGACAUGUAAAGUGAGUGCUCGGAAUGACGUGGCUUGCCUUACAACUGACCUGCUGGCUGCACUUGGCAAACUGGAGCCUGUCCUUAUYCCCUUGGUUUUGGCUUUCCGCUACUGGGCUAGACUCUGUCACAUUGACUGUCAGGCUGAAGGUGGGAUUCCCUCAUAUUCCUUUGCCUUAAUGGUGAUAUUUUUUCUUCAACAAAGAAAACCACGUAUUUUACCAUCCUAUUUGGGCAAUUGGAUUGAAGGCUUUGAUUCGAAGAGACCAGAUGACCACCAGCUGAAAGGUGUGGAAGAUGAAGAGUUUGUACGGUGGGAGUACAAACCACCCACAAAUGGUGCAGCAAAAAACUCGGUUGGAGCUGAAARUAAAGCUAAAGUUGAACAACAGAAAGGUGGUGGCAAGAAGGCAACAAGCUCAGARGUGGACAACCAAAGCAGUGCAAAAGAGAAACACGGGAUUUCUCUCUUAGCAUUCAAAACCCCUCACCAAGUUUCACUGGGGCAACUGUGGUUGGAACUUUUGAAGUUUUACACACUGGAAUUUGCUUUGGAGGAGUAUGUCAUCAGCAUACGGGUACAAGAACUCUUAACCAGAGAGAAUAAAAACUGGCCUAAGAGACGAAUAGCCAUUGAAGAUCCUUUUGCACUAAAGAGGAAUGUUGCACGAAGUCUAAAUAGCCAGAUGGUAUUUGAGUACAUCCUGGAGCGAUUUAGGACAGCAUAUAAAUAUUUUGCAUGUCCACAAAGUAAAGAUGGGAUUAAAUCCAAGCCAGAUACCAAGAAAAAAGAAAAAGGGAAAAUUAAUAAUAAGAAAUCCACAAGAUCUGAAGAGCCUGUAGCAAACUGUUGCCUUCCGCAAGGGGAAAAUGUUGAUAACCAAGAUACAGGAAGUGGAUGUAACGUACCAGAGAAUGAAGUUGAAUGUAAUCAAGUGGUAGAAGCUGUAGCCAAAAGAUGUACGUCCCAGGACAUGGACUCUUUGCUCCUUUCAACAUUGGACUCUAGCUAUGAUGAAGACAAAGAAGAAGCUUUAUCCCUUAUUUCUAAUGAAUGCUGUGAAUUAAAGGAAAAAUCACCUAACGAGAUGGAUGAUUUAGAAAUUUCAGUGUGUAUAACUGAGGGUGAGCACAGCCACCACUGUAACUGCAGUGCACAUCAGCCUGAUGACACAAAUUCCAGUACUGAGCUUUCUGAUGCUGAAAGUAGACAGAGUUUGGUAACGGAGUCAUCUCCGCAGCCGAAGUGCACUGGCACCCCAGCUACCUCACCCAGCUGCAAAGAAGUGCUGGAAACCCAUGAUCUCAAAGAGGAAGGCAAACUCUCAACAGAAGAAAUGCAUUAUGUGUUUGAUAAGUUUAUUUUUACUUCAGGAAAGCCACCAACUAUAGUAUGCAGCAUCUGCAAACGGGAUGGACAUUCCAAAAAUGAUUGCCCAGAGGAUUUCAAGAAAAUUGAUCUAAAACCACUACCACCAAUGACAGACAGAUUUCGGGAAAUACUUGAUAUAGUGUGUAAAAGAUGUUUUGAUGAAUUAUCCCCUCCUUUAUCUGAGCAACAAAACAGAGAACACAUACUGGCAAGUUUGGAGAGAUUUAUUCGAAAAGAGUAUAAUGACAAAGCCAGGCUUUGCUUAUUUGGCUCCUCAAAGAAUGGAUUUGGAUUUCGGGACAGUGAUCUAGAUAUCUGCAUGACCUUGGAAGGUCAUGAAAAUGCAGAGAAAUUAAACUGUAAAGAAAUAAUAGAAGGUUUGGCGAAAGUUCUUAAGAAGCAUCCAGGUUUGAGGAACAUCUUGCCUAUAACAACAGCCAAAGUGCCUAUAGUAAAGUUUGAACACAGACGGAGUGGCUUGGAAGGAGACAUCAGUUUGUACAAUACACUGGCACAGCAUAACACAAGGAUGUUGGCUACAUAUGCAGCUAUUGAUCCUAGAGUGCAGUAUCUGGGCUACACAAUGAAAGUUUUUGCAAAGCGCUGCGAUAUUGGUGAUGCAUCCCGUGGUAGUCUGUCUUCAUACGCCUAUAUUCUUAUGGUCUUGUACUUUCUGCAGCAGAGGAAUCCWCCAGUUAUUCCAGUUCUUCAAGAGAUAUUUGAUGGCAAACAGAUUCCACAAAGAAUGGUGGAUGGAUGGAAUGCGUUUUUCUUUGAUGACAUGGAAGAAUUGAAGAAGCGUCUGCCUUCUCUUGGAAAGAACACUGAAUCUCUUGGAGAGCUCUGGCUGGGGCUGCUGCGAUUCUACACCGAGGAAUUUGACUUCAAGGAAUACGUGAUCAGCAUCCGGCAGAAGAAGCUGUUAACUACAUUUGAGAAGCAGUGGACAUCCAAGUGUAUUGCCAUCGAAGAUCCAUUUGACUUGAAUCAUAAUCUGGGUGCUGGAGUCUCUAGGAAAAUGACCAAUUUCAUAAUGAAGGCAUUUAUCAACGGGAGAAAACUAUUUGGUACCCCAUUCUACCCAGCUCUUGGAAGAGAAGCUGAAUACUUUUUUGACUCAAAAGUGCUGACAGAUGGGGARUUGGCACCCAAUGACAGAUGUUGUCGUGUCUGUGGAAAAAUUGGUCACUACAUGAAAGAUUGUCCAAAGAGGAGGCGGUUGAAGAAAAAGGARAAUGAGAAAGAUGAUGAAAAAGAGGUGAAAGAAGAUGACAGAGAAACAAGAGAGAAAAGRUGUUUCAUCUGUGGGGAUGUGGGUCAUGUUAGGAGAGAUUGUCCUGAAUUCAAACAAACCCGUCAGAGAAAUAAUAGCGUGCCAGGCACGCAGCUGGUCCGGAGCAUGGUAAAUUCCCAGCUGGUGGCAGUGGGCCAGCAGCAGGUGGAGCGACCCCUGCGCACCCGGCAGUCAUCAGAAUGUUCUGAUUCACAUCAGUCAUCUUACUCUCCACAACCUCAACAAUUCCCACAGAAUUCCUCUCAGCCAGCCUCCAUUAACCAGACUCAGCCACAAUCAAUAUCCCAGUCUAAGCACGUUCCACAGCCACAGCAGGGUGCACAGCCACCCCAUCAGGUCCAGCUGCCUUUGUUUAACUUUCCCCAAUCUCCCCCAGGUCAGUAUUCCUUGCAUAACCUGGGACUACUUCAGAUGCACCAUCACCACCAAAUUCAGCUUCCCAACACUUCUUGGCCUAUUCAUGGGCCCGUUAUUCACUCUGCACCGGGUAACCCUCCUCAUUCUACAAAUGUUCCAUUUUCUAUGAGAUCUGGCAGCAGCAGCACCACAAAUAACCAGAGCAGUGUAAGCUUGAAUGAUCCCAGUAUCAUCUUUGCACAGCCUGCUGCCAGGCCCAUGGGAAUCCCCAGCACUUCUCAUGAGGGACACUGGCACAAUCCUGUGACUCCAAACUCACUGGUGAACAAUGGCACUGUGGGGAAUUCAGAUCAGGGUUUCCAAGGACAGUUUGGUAAAAUGAACCCUCCUUCUGUCCCUUGGGACCAUGGGACCCCUACCCAUUUUCCUCUCCUCCGAGGAGCGUGGCCUUACAAUAUGCCUCAGAACUACAUGCAGCAGGGAAAUGCCAGCUACCCACCGAACAAACCUUUCUACCCUCAAGGUACUAGAACCAGUAUGUGAAUCAACAGCUCAUGCAACAUGUCUCUUUACUGUCUCAAAGGCUUUAAAAGCCAAGGAAUCAUGUGUCACUUGCUAGGCUCCCUGGAACCAUAGCAAAUCCAAGAGUCAAAUCAGUGCUUUGGCUUCAUCUGUGGAUCAGUGAAAAUCUUUGUGGGAGGGAAGGGUUAGUUAAAAUAAAAUUCUGGAAUCUGAGCCAGUUUGCAGCCUGUUGCUCUUCAGCCUUUUUCCUUGCUGCUCCUGGCUCACUGUAGAGCUGCCUCUGCUUCAAUAGAGGUUAAGAUGAUUGACCCAUGAGAAUGUUCAGAAUAUGAAGAGAUUUUUGCCCUAAUUCACUUUAUUUGGCUUUUGUACCUUGCUUUGUGAAAUUACUUAAUAGAUAAAAACUUGCAAGACCAUAGAAUAAUWGAGKUUGGAAGGCGCCUCUGGAGGUUUAGUCCAGCCCAUCUGCAGUCAGAGCAGCACUGACUGCAAAGUUAGGUCAAGUUCAGUUUAUCAGGGAACUGGGAAGGACUGAUUUGCUUUCAGCUUUGAUGUUUAUGAAAGAUAAAGGUGUUCAGCAUCUGGCAGGAUGGGGAAAAGCUGUAGGAAAAAGACCUCCAGGACCAGAGAAAUGAUGCUCAAAUUUGACCUGGAGGAUGUGCAACUUCUGUUGCUGGGGUCACUUGGUAUGAAAUGAGAGAUAUAGGCACCAAGCCCUUUUUCAAAAUCUAAACUAUUGGCUCUAGCAGGGUUUUCAGGUGAAAASUGAAUUUACUUAAAAUCCUGAAAUUAUUUUUGUUACGUAACUGAAGUAAUACAACAAAAUGAUAUAUUGAUGAUUCUUAGGGAAUUUUGAAGAYAGGAUUAAAGUAAUUCUGCAUUGUACCAUUAAAUGGGUUAGUGGUACAGAUAGAUAGCAUUUGUGUCAGUCUAGUAAAUGGCUUUAUUUAUAAGUUAGAUUAGUAGACUGAAUAUAGCCAAGCACUGUUAAAUAUUUGAUUUGCUGAAGUAACUGUAAUCCAUUUUC